GAGGCGGCGGCAGGACGAGAGGAGGGAAGCGGGGCCGGCGCGGGCGGCCGAGGGUCCAGGCGAGCCCGCGGGCGGACGGGAGAUGCCGCUGCUACACCGAAAGCCGUUUGUGAGACAGAAGCCGCCCGCGGACCUGCGGCCCGACGAGGAAGUUUUCUACUGUAAAGUCACCAACGAGAUCUUCCGCCACUACGAUGACUUUUUUGAACGAACCAUUCUGUGCAACAGCCUUGUGUGGAGUUGUGCUGUGACGGGUAGACCUGGACUGACGUAUCAGGAAGCACUUGAGUCAGAAAAAAAAGCAAGACAGAAUCUUCAGAGUUUUCCAGAACCACUAAUUAUUCCAGUUUUAUACUUGACCAGCCUUACCCAUCGUUCACGCUUACAUGAAAUUUGUGAUGAUAUCUUUGCAUAUGUCAAGGAUCGAUAUUUUGUCGAAGAAACUGUGGAAGUCAUUAGGAACAAUGGUGCAAGGUUGCAGUGUAGGAUUUUGGAAGUCCUCCCUCCAUCACAUCAAAAUGGUUUUGCUAAUGGACAUGUUAACAGUGUGGAUGGAGAAACUAUUAUCAUCAGUGAUAGUGAUGAUUCAGAAACACAAAGCUGUUCUUUUCAAAAUGGGAAGAAAAAAGAUACAAUUGAUCCCUUACUAUUCAAGUAUAAAGUGCAACCCACUAAAAAAGAAUUAUAUGAGUCUGCUAUUGUUAAAGCAACGCAAAUCAGCCGGAGAAAACACCUAUUUUCUCGUGAUAAACUAAAGCUUUUUCUGAAGCAACACUGUGAACCACAAGAUGGAGUCAUUAAAAUAAAGGCAUCAUCUCUUUCAACGUAUAAAAUAGCAGAACAAGAUUUUUCUUAUUUCUUCCCUGAUGAUCCACCCACAUUUAUCUUCAGUCCUGCUAACAGACGAAGAGGGAGACCUCCCAAACGAAUACCUAUUAGUCAAGAGGACAAUGUUGCUAAUAAACAGACUCUUGCAAGUUGUAGGAACAAAGCUACUAAAGAAAGAGAUAAACUUUUGAAACAAGAAGAAAUGAAGUCACUGGCUUUUGAAAAGGCUAAAUUAAAAAGAGAAAAAGCAGAUGCCCUAGAAGCGAAGAAAAAAGAAAAAGAAGAUAAAGAGAAAAAGAGGGAAGAAUUGAAAAAAAUUGUUGAAGAGGAGAGACUAAAGAAAAAAGAAGAAAAAGAGAGGCUUAAAGUAGAAAGAGAAAAGGAAAGAGAGAAGUUACGUGAAGAAAAGCGAAAAUAUGUGGAAUACUUAAAACAGUGGAGUAAACCUAGAGAAGAUAUGGAAUGUGAUGACCUUAAGGAACUUCCAGAACCAACACCAGUGAAAACUAGACUACCUCCUGAAAUCUUUGGUGAUGCUCUGAUGGUUUUGGAGUUCCUUAAUGCAUUUGGGGAACUUUUUGAUCUUCAAGAUGAGUUUCCUGAUGGAGUAACCCUAGAAGUAUUAGAGGAAGCUCUUGUAGGAAAUGACAGUGAAGGCCCACUGUGUGAAUUGCUUUUUUUCUUCCUGACUGCAAUCUUCCAGGCAAUAGCUGAAGAAGAAGAGGAAGUAGCCAAAGAGCAACUAACUGAUGCUGACACCAAAGAUUUAACAGAGGCUUUGGAUGAAGAUGCAGACCCCACAAAAUCUGCACUGUCUGCAGUUGCAUCUUUGGCAGCUGCAUGGCCACAGUUACACCAGGGCUGCAGUUUGAAAAGUUUGGAUCUUGAUAGCUGCACUCUUUCAGAAAUCCUCAGACUGCACAUCUUAGCUUCAGGUGCUGAUGUAACAUCAGCAAAUGCAAAGUAUAGAUAUCAAAAACGAGGAGGAUUUGAUGCUACAGAUGAUGCUUGUAUGGAGCUUCGUUUGAGCAAUCCCAGUCUAGUGAAGAAACUGUCAAGCACCUCAGUGUAUGAUUUGACACCAGGAGAAAAAAUGAAGAUACUCCAUGCUCUCUGUGGAAAGCUACUGACCCUAGUUUCAACUAGGGAUUUCAUUGAAGAUUAUGUUGAUAUAUUACGACAGGCGAAGCAGGAGUUCCGGGAAUUAAAAGCAGAACAACAUCGAAAAGAGAGGGAAGAAGCAGCUGCCAGAAUUCGUAAAAGGAAGGAAGAAAAACUUAAGGAGCAAGAACAAAAAAUGAAAGAGAAACAAGAAAAACUGAAAGAAGAUGAGCAAAGAAAUUCAACGGCAGAUAUAUCUAUUGGAGAGGAAGAAAGGGAAGAUUUUGAUACUAGCAUUGAGAGCAAAGACACAGAGCAAAAGGAAUUAGAUCAAGAUAUGGUCACUGAAGAUGAAGAUGACCCAGGAUCACAUAAAAGAGGCAGAAGGGGGAAAAGAGGACAAAAUGGAUUUAAAGAAUUUACAAGGCAAGAAGAGAUCAACUGUGUAACAAGAGAGCCUCUUACUGCUGAUGAGGAAGAAGCUUUAAAACAGGAACACCAACGAAAAGAGAAAGAGCUCUUAGAAAAAAUCCAAAGUGCCAUAGCCUGUACCAAUAUCUUUCCCUUGGGUCGCGACCGCAUGUAUAGACGAUACUGGAUUUUCCCUUCUAUUCCUGGACUCUUUAUUGAAGAGGAUUAUUCUGGUCUUACUGAAGACAUGCUGUUGCCUAGACCUUCAUCAUUUCAGAAUAAUGUACAGUCUCAAGAUCCUCAGGUAUCCACUAAAACUGGAGAGCCUUUGAUGUCUGAAUCUACCUCCAACAUUGACCAGGGUCCAUGUGACCGUUCUGUGCAGCUGCCAAAACCAGUGCAUAAGCCAAAUCGGUGGUGCUUUUACAGUUCUUGUGAACAGCUAGACCAGCUUAUUGAAGCUCUUAAUUCUAGAGGACAUAGAGAAAGUGCCUUAAAAGAAACUUUGUUACAAGAGAAAAGCAGAAUAUGUGCACAGCUAGCCUGUUUUUCUGAAGAGAAAUUUCAUUUUUCAGACAAACCUCAGCCUGAUAGCAAACCAACAUAUAGUCGGGGAAGAUCUUCCAAUGCAUAUGAUCCAUCUCAGAUGUGUGCAGAAAAGCAACUUGAACUAAGGCUGAGAGAUUUUCUUUUAGAUAUUGAAGAUAGAAUCUACCAAGGAACAUUAGGAGCCAUCAAGGUUACAGAUCGACAUAUCUGGAGAUCAGCAUUAGAAAGUGGACGGUAUGAGCUGUUAAGUGAGGAAAACAAGGAAAAUGGGAUAAUUAAAACUGUGAAUGAAGACGUAGAAGAGAUGGAAAUUGAUGAACAAACAAAGGUCAUAGUAAAAGACAGACUUUUGGGGAUAAAAACAGAAACUCCAAGUACUGUAUCAACAAAUGCAAGUACACCACAAUCAGUGAGCAGUGUGGUUCAUUAUCUGGCGAUGGCACUCUUUCAAAUAGAGCAGGGCAUUGAGCGGCGCUUUCUGAAAGCUCCACUUGGUAACACAGAAAUUAAUAAGGAUCAAAAGGGAGAUAGAAAAAAAAAGGACAAGAAAAAGAGAGAGGAAGAUCAAUCUAGUGUGAGAGAUGAUGCCAGUGACAGUGGGCGUUCUUAUAAAACAGUUCUGGACCGUUGGAGAGAGUCUCUCCUUUCUUCUGCUAGUCUAUCCCAAGUUUUUCUUCACCUAUCCACCUUGGAUCGUAGCGUGAUAUGGUCUAAAUCUAUACUGAAUGCGCGUUGCAAGAUAUGUCGAAAGAAAGGCGAUGCUGAAAACAUGGUUCUUUGUGAUGGCUGUGAAAGGGGUCAUCAUACCUACUGUGUUCGACCAAAGCUCAAGACUGUGCCUGAAGGAGACUGGUUUUGUCCAGAAUGUCGACCAAAACAACGUUCUAGAAGACUCUCCUCUAGACAGAGACCAUCCUUGGAAAGUGAUGAAGAUGUGGAAGACAGUAUGGGAGGUGAGGAUGAUGAAGUUGAUGGUGAUGAAGAAGAAGGUCAAAGUGAGGAGGAAGAGUAUGAGGUAGAACAAGAUGAAGAUGACUCUCAAGAAGAGGAAGAAGUCAGCCUACCCAAACGAGGAAGACCACAAGUUAGAUUGCCAGUUAAAACAAGAGGGAAACUUAGCUCUUCUUUCUCAAGUCGUGGCCAACGACAAGAACCUGGAAGAUACCCUUCAAGGAGUCAGCAGAGCACACCCAAAACAACUGUUUCUUCUAAAACUGGUAGAAGCCUAAGAAAGAUAAACUCUGCUCCUCCUACAGAAACAAAAUCUUUAAGAAUUGCCAGUCGUUCUACUCGCCACAGUCAUGGCCCACUGCAAGCAGAUGUAUUUGUGGAAUUGCUUAGUCCUCGUAGAAAACGCAGAGGCAGGAAAAGUGCUAAUAAUACACCAGAAAAUAGUCCCAACUUCCCUAACUUCAGAGUCAUUGCCACAAAGUCAAGUGAACAGUCAAGAUCUGUAAAUAUUGCUUCAAAACUUUCUCUCCAAGAGAGUGAAUCCAAAAGAAGAUGCAGAAAAAGACAAUCUCCAGAGCCAUCACCUAUGACACUGGGUCGAAGGAGUUCUGGCCGACAGGGAGGAGUUCAUGAAUUGUCUGCUUUUGAACAACUUGUUGUAGAAUUGGUACGACAUGACGACAGCUGGCCUUUUUUGAAACUUGUUUCUAAAAUCCAGGUCCCAGACUACUAUGACAUCAUCAAAAAGCCCAUUGCCUUAAAUAUAAUUCGUGAAAAAGUGAACAAGUGUGAAUAUAAAUUAGCAUCUGAGUUUAUUGAUGAUAUUGAGUUAAUGUUUUCGAACUGCUUUGAAUACAACCCUCGUAACACAAGUGAAGCAAAAGCUGGAACUAGGCUUCAAGCAUUUUUUCAUAUUCAGGCUCAAAAGCUUGGACUCCACGUCACACCCAGUAAUGUGGACCAAGUUAGCACACCACCGGCUGCGAAAAAGUCACGAAUCUAACUUUGUCCUUCUAAAGGAUAUAUUUGAAGAAAAACAAAUUGUUCACGAAAAUGGAACAUUAAAUCAUGCUGUAUAAAGCAAUAACAACUGAUUGACCACAUGAAAGUGUGGCCUGCACUAUAUUCUCAAUUUUAAUAUUAAGCACUCAGGAGAAUGUAGGAAAGAUGUCCUUUGCUACAGUUUUGUUCAGUAUCUAAUAAGUUUGAUAGAUGUAUUGGAUACAGUACUGGUUUACAGAGGUUUUUGUACAUUUUUGAGAUCAUUCAUGUGUCCAGAGAUCUUGGAAAAUAUUUUUUCACCCAUGAUUUAUUUUGUUAUUGAUGAUUUUUUUUUAAAAGUUGUGGUAUUAAGGGAGAGUUAUCUACAUGGAUGAGUCUUCUGCUAUAGCACAGUUUAGAAAAGGUGUUUAUGUCUUAAUUGUUUGAGUACAUUCUUUCAACACUACACAUGAAUGAAUCCAAUCUUAAAUCCUUGAAGUGCUGUACCAGUGCUGGCUGCAGGUAUUAAAUCCAAGUUUGUUAACUAGAUAUUUAUUUAGUAUUGAGAGUAAUUUGUGAAUUUGUUUUGUAUUUAUAAAAUUUAUACCUGAAAAAUGUUAAUGUUUUAAACCUUUUACUGUGUUUUUAUUCCUCUAACUUCCUUAAUGAUCAAUCAAAAAAAGUAACACCCUCCCUUUUCCCUGACAGUUCUUUCAGCUUUACAGAACUGUAUUAUAAGUUUCUAUGUAUAACUUUUUAACUGUACAAAUAAAAUAACAUUUUUUCAAGUAA